AUGCGUUUUGUCGCUUUGAUUAUGACGCUGUUCACAUUCACAGUUGCAUACGAACCAUAUUCAUGCAUUUUAGCUGAAAUUGAGCAGUGCUCUAGCAGUAGUAGCCUGACUUCUGAGCUACGUCAAGUUGUUGUUGACCUGCACAACAAGCUCAGAUCUUCUGUUGCACUUGGUAUUGCUUUGAUGAGAGGUGGACAGAGGUCACCAUCUGCAAGUAACAUGAACAAAUUAGUAUACGACUGUGAUCUUGAGAAUGAAACUCAAGAGUGGGUUGACAAGUGCAAAAUGUCACACUCGUCUGAUUCAAGAAACGCUUCAGAAAAUUUGUACAUGGCGUUCAAUUACGACACCACUGCUGCUUAUCAUCUGCGAUCUGCGAUAAUGACAUGGUUCAAUGAAAUUCAUGAAUACAACGUUUCAGAACCAAACAAUCUUCUUACUGGAGAAAUGUUUAACACUGGUAUUGGCCAUUUUACCGCUAUGUCAUGGGCUACUUCUACUCGUGUAGGGUGUGGUUUUUCAAAUCACUGCAAAUUCGUUUUUUUUGCUUGCCGUUAUCGUCCGACGGGUAACGUGUUAGGGUUUUCAAUCUACUUACCGGGACCGGCCUGCAGCAGGUGUGCGGCAGAUAAACAGUGUUUGCUUUCUGAGGGUCUCUGUUACUAA